CAGGAGGCGGUGCCUUAUAGCGCGGCGCGGCGGCAGCGCCGGCACAGCCCGACGGCCGGGACCGGGACCGGGACCCUGGACAGCGCCGCCGCCAUGGAGCACCUGAAAGCUUUUGAUCGGGAAGUAAAUGAGUUUGUGGACUAUAUGUUUGGGCCUCGAGAUGCCAGGGUUAGAGGAUGGUUCCUUUUGGACUCUUACCUUCCUACAUUUUUCCUUACUGGAGCAUAUCUACUCUGCAUAUGGCUGGGCAACAAGUUCAUGAAGAACAGGCCUCCUUUCUCUCUCAGGGCUCACCUCAUUGUAUAUAACCUUGGGAUUACACUGCUCUCCUUGUACAUGCUUAUAGAGCUCAUCCUUGCCACGUGGGAAGGAGGCUACAACUUGCAGUGCCAGAACCUCCACAGCGCAGGGGAGGCUGACAUCCGGGUAGCCAAGGUGCUGUGGUGGUAUUAUUUCUCCAAAGUAAUUGAAUUCAUGGACACUAUCUUCUUUGUCCUGAGAAAGAAAAGCAGUCAGAUCACCUUCCUUCAUGUGUAUCACCAUGCCACUAUGUUUAACAUUUGGUGGUGUGUUCUAAACUGGAUACCUUGUGGGCAAAGUUUCUUUGGACCCACUUUGAAUAGCUUUAUCCACGUGCUUAUGUACUCUUACUAUGGACUGUCUGUCAUCCCUUCUAUGCGCAAGUAUCUGUGGUGGAAGAAAUACCUCACUCAGGCACAGCUGAUCCAGUUUCUGCUCACUAUUGCGCACACACUCAGUGCAGCUGUGAAGCCAUGUGGGUUCCCAUUUGGCUGUCUCAUGUUCCAGUCCUCCUAUAUGGCCACACUGGUCGUUCUCUUCAUAAACUUCUACAUUAAGACGUACCGGAAAGCACCUUCAAGAACAGCUAUGAAGGAAACCUCUAUAAAGGAAACAGAAAUCAAGAAUGGUUUCCACAAGGACUACUUUGCUGCUGCCAAUGGAUUCCUGAACAAUAAGAAAGCACAAUAAGUAUUGUCUUUCCUAUGAUAUUUUUUUUUCUAAAAAAUAAAACAAACACAAGACAAAAAGACUGAAGUGCAAGCUUUAGCUUAAAACCUAUUUGAUUACAUCUAUGAGUCCUUUGUACCAGACACUUAUUAAUGUAUUGCUAUUUAGGUUUUAACAAAAUGGGUAGAAUUACUUGUCCUAUCAAAGGUCACCAUGGGAACAAAGAAGGCCAAGAUCUCUCUCAUACAAAGAAGAAAACCUUUCUGAUCUUUAAUGCUGACACAAAGACGCCUUACAAAACAUUUGAUGGACGAAUUAAUCAAUGCCUUCAAAAGGUUAGGGCUCUGUUCAGGCUAAUGCAGUGAGCACUUUCUGUGCGUGGGAGAGGUCAGGAGGCAAGGCUUUGCAGUGCACCAACAUGUUUAGCUAAACUAUGGUCAAGGUCAGAAAAAGGAAGAGGAGAAAAAAAAAUAAUGGGAGAAUCAUACCUUUUCCAUCACCAUACUCCUCCUCUGCUUCUUUCCAGCCAUUCCUCAAAGCAUACUCCCUGCCAUGGACACCAACAAGGUGCAGCCAUCACUUUGGCCUUCUGGGAGCCCUGGGGAAGGACAUGAGAAGGCAGAGCCGUUUGUACCAUCUCAGAGUCUGCAGACAUACAUGCACCAUGCUUACUUGUUUUAGAUAUGUGCAACCUGACUCAUAUACUAGAAAAGCUGGCAGAAGCUUGUUGUUUCACUGGUAGCGGCUGGGGCUGUCCAGUAUGGCAUUUAGAAUACAUAUUACCUGAUGAUACGGGUUUAUGAGCUCUAGUCUGAGCAAAGCAAGUCACUUUGGACAUGCUAAAUGAAUAUGAGUUCUGAGUAAAUGGAUUUUCAAAGAAAUAAGAACUCAACAACUAAAUGAAGAUGAAUCUUAUGAGUGUAAAUAUAAUCCUAUACAAAGUCUGCUAAUUUGAAGCAAGCUGACAUAUCACAGAUUAACAGACUGGAAGGCAAAGAAAACCUUAAAAGCAAAAUUCAGCAAUGAGCAAAGCACAUUAUAUAAGCAUUUCUGUGUUAGGUGGGCCUUAUUCAGACUGGUCUAUGACUGGAGAAACAGAUGGGACUAAGGCACAAUUCUCUGUAGGGAAAGCAAAGGCAUAUUUGCUGCCUGCAGCUGUAAUGGUGUGUCUCUCACAACAGCCAGUCAGCAUCUUCUCUGCUUCAGGUAGCUCUGUUUACCUCCCACUUAAAGAGGGAAGGGCAGAGUACCCAAGAUUAGCUGUGGAGACCUGCUCCUCACACUUUUCUCCUAUAGCCCAUUUCAAAAUCUCUACUAAAACUGGACACAACUGAAAUCCCCACAGUGCUGCAGCACAGGCAGUACAUCCGACCAGCCUCGCUGUUAAACUUCAUCAUCAUGAGCUGAGGAACCAAAAUAACUGUGGUAUGCAAACACUUUUGACAAAAUAUCACAGAAGGCAAUUACCUGAACCAUUCAUCUAAGGCUGGCAACAAAAUGGUUGCCUGGCCCGGCAUGGAUUUUAGGCUGAGCAGAGUCAACAACCUUUUGAUGGCAAAGCAUGCAUUUGACUAUCAAGGUGGACGUCAGCAUGCUAUGAGUUCACUAUGGCAACCAAACCCAGAGAUAUUGUCUUUUGUUUUGUUGAAACCUCAUUCAAAAGGAAAGGAAAUAAAUAAAUGCCUUACUUGAAACUUAAAGGGCUGGGGGGAAAAAAAAAAAAAAAGGAAAAAAAUCAAAACGGUCUCACCUUGCAGAUCCAGACUGGCCAGGAAGGCUGGAAUCAGGUAUGUUUUACAUUCUUCAGACCUGUCUUAACAUCUUCAAAAUGCUGCAACUUUGAAGAAAGAGAAGCAUUGACUUUUUAAACUGAUUUUCCUGUAAUACAUAACACUAUAAAUAAACAAAUUUUACUAUCA